GCUGUAUAUCUAGUAUUAAAAAAUAUAUAAAGCUUAUAAGUUAUAUAAAAUCGGAUAUAAACUAGAUCUAUAUAUAAUUGAUGAAUAAUGAUAAAAAUUUUAAGAAAAAGUAAAAUUGCGAAGAUUUUUCUGUCAGUUUCAGUUGCUAAAUAUAGUAACAUUGUAGAUGUCGAAGAGUCGUUGACGACCAACCACUUGAGAGUUGAUUUUAACUUGAAAAACGUUUUAAACCAAAUAUUUUAAAAUGAUAAAUAUUGACCCAAGAAGAGCAAUGACUUAAAAUUAUUAAUAAGAACUAUUGGCCAGUGGGUUUGGGAAGUGUUGUUUUUUUUUGCCUUGUGCUAACAAAGAGUCACAUUGUCAACCAAAAUGAACAACACACAUGUACACAUGAUGCCCCACUGGACACGUGUUAAUGUUCUUGACAAGGUUUAUUUUCCAAAGCAGUAUUCUACUAGAGAUGCUAAGCUCAACAUGGAGAUGAAUGGAAAUGAAAAUUAUAAUACUGAAGAGUUGUCAACUGGGAGUGAAGUAAAUACAUUACAACGAAUUCAUUACCUGGAAAGAAACAUUGCAUUUUUACAACAUGAGCAUGCAGAGGUGCUCAAAUCUUUACAGGAUGAAGUAGACAUGUUAAAAAGAGAAAAUAAAGAAUUGCAAUUUAAAAUUGUGAUGAGUCAGACUCCCAAGGAAGAUGUAGAUGUAUCUCUUCCUGAAUCUGUGCCAUUAGAGCAUGGCAUGUGUUGCCUGAAUCCACAAGGUAAGAAAGAAGAAAUAAAGAUUCUAUUUUUAGAAGAAGAAAUUAAGGAACUGAAACAUGCUCUAAGGGAGACACGCAACAAAAACCAUUAUUUAACUCAACGACUAGAGCAAGAAGAAAAACAAAAAGAAAAACAGAAAGGAAACUUGGACAACUUUGAGUCAACACUUCCAGCCACCUAUCCUAACUCUCUUGAUACCCACAGCAAGCCAGUGCCUGCUGCACCUGUUGAACCAGAUGGCCAGCCAAUGAGUCUAAGUCAAUGUCAUGCCCUGAUUAAACACCUUCAGCAAGCCAAUGAGAAACAAGCCCAUGAGUUGAAUCAACUCAAACUUGAUCUGCGAGAUGUUCUCUACUCUCACAAGUGGACACCUGAUGCAUUUCUUAUGGCUAAAGCCUAUAUUGCAGAAGAUGAUAGAAAAGAAGAAGGAUCAGGAUAUCUACCAAGGAUACCCAUGAAAAACCCAACUAGAAAAAUUCCAGAUAUUGCAUAUGUGAAAGAAAAUGUCAGUUUACCAGCUCUACAUUUAACAGUUGGCAAUAAAGCUGUGGAAAGGAAAAAAAAGACACAAAUUAUACAGAAGUCAAAACUUCGUCCUAGUGCUCUUCCUUGAGUUGUUUUUUCUUUUGAUUUUAUGUUGAAUGUUUUUAAGACAGAGAACAUGAUGUUGACCUAAUAAUUGUUGUUAACUAUGUUGUCAUAAAUAACCACUUUAGAUUAUCCUCUGCAGAAAUGUAAAGUUUUUAUUGAAUGAAACCUAUCAAGCUUAAUGUUUAGAUUGAAAAUAAAAUUCAGUUUGUAUUAGCCACAGAACAACACUGUUAUGUAAGGCUUGAUGAUAAAAUGGAGUAAAAUCCAACCAUCCAUCUCAGUGGCGCUACAGCCCUUGAAGGGCUCUUACCUGCUUCAACACAUCCCUCCAUUCAGAUCUCUCCUGGGCCUUUCCACUCCACGGCCGAACCCCAAGCUGUUGCAGAUCUGAGAAAAAUCCAACAUUGAAACAAAAUGUGAUGUAUUGGAAUUUAUUCAUUCUAAACACAACUACUGAAACAAUAAGUACAAGUCCAUGGCUUUCAUUGUAAAGUGCUGCCUAUAAAGAACUAAGUAUUCAUGGCUCUGUGGUGACCAGAUCUACUUGCUCCCCCUGAAGGUAUCCAGGGCAUCACUAUACUAAGCUGUGAAAAAAAACUUUUUUUUUUCUUGGUAAUUUGAUGGAGCCUUUCCCCCAUACUUACUUUAGCUGCAUUAAGUCUUUUCUUCUUAACAUUCAGCCCAAGGUUAAAUGGAGGUUUUCCAUGUGUUUGGUCCAUAGCUGUCUUUUCAAUUUUGCAUCACUAACUCCUUCAAUUAAGACAUCCAUUACAAAUUCAUCAAGAGUAUCCUGGAUCUUUAAAAAUAAGCCAGGUGCAACAAUAAUUAGAUGCCAGUUCAUUUAACAUCUUUCCUUUUUCUGAUGGGGCUUUGAUUGCACUUUAAAAACCUCCUGCAUAUAAUUAUCUCCCACAUCCUCUUGGCUAGAUAAUCUCUAUUAAGAUGCCAUUCCAUGUAAGGUUAACAUUAUGCCAGUGCUUUUUUUUUUCAGCAUUUAUUUCCCAAUUUGUAACUUCAAAUUAUUGUUUAAAUGCUGACCAUCAAACUAUAUAAUCAAAGAUAUGUGGCUUAACACUUACCAGUUGUAUCAUGUUCACCUGAUUUGCCCUCAUACAUGAGUUUGAAUUUGGGUCAAGUUAAAAUUUAGCACAAUUAUUCAUUGGCUUUGACAAUACAUGAAUCAAUAAAACAAAUUAACCAAUUAGUCAAUUAUUGGUUAUUAAUUUUUUGUCUUCAGUAUUCACUGGUAUGGUGUCGGGUUUUGUACCCAAUUCUCAGAUUACGUUGAAACUUUAAACUUUUAUUUAUACCUAAAAAGAAACAUAACCAACUAAAAAAUUAACUAAUUAUUAAAUUAAUUAUUUAGUUUGAUUUGAAAAGGGAAAUAACUUAUUGAGUGGUAUAGUUCUAAGUACAGUUUUUUUUCCCCUUAGAUAAGCUUUGGGUUCUUUUAAAGGAUUUUAAACAAAUAUUUUGCUUGUUUGAACUGACUGGAUUAUGUUGCACACCAAAUGGAUCUUUUGAUUUUCCAUUCAUCUUCCCAGUAAGUUGUCACACUUGUUAUUUCAGCCUGUAGAGGACUUCUGUCAUUAUUUAUGUUAGUUGCCAUUGUAAGCAUCAAACUUUGUCCCUUUUCAUUCAUUUCUUUGGACAAGAUCUCAACCUCAAAGGUGGUUCUUAAGUAUCUGAUGAUUUUAUUUAUGACACUGAUGUCACAAUUCAUUAACUCCUUGCUGAUAUCAUUUAUUUGGAGCUUGAAAAGUAAUUUAAAAGUACAACAUACAUUGACUGGGAAAUCCCAGCACUAACAUCAGUAGUUAUGUUUUAGGCUUCAGACUCACCAAUGUAUAGGUCAGUGUCUUAGCAUAAUCACACAGUUUGCUAUUCAGGUCCAAGGAAAUAUUUUUUUCUUGGACAUUUAGGGAGAAUUUGAUUGAACAGAAGAUAUAAAGUAGAAAGCCUUGACUUUAUACUUUGCUAGUAUAUAUAUAUAUAUAUAUAUAUAUAUAUAUAUAUAUAUAUAGGGCCUAUAUAUGAAAUAUGCACAUAUAAAUAGUGAGCUGAUUAUUUAACUCUCUCUUUGUCAUAUUUGUUCUAUGUAUUGUGAAAUGAAAGUCUCAUUAAUUUGUGAUCAACUGACAAAACAAGAAUAUUUAUUGCACAAUGACAAGAUUUAUUUAUGUAUCAGUCAUCAUCAUUUAGUCAGAUCAAUCAUCAUCAUUCAGUAAGAUUUUUGUAGACCAGUGAUGUCCAACCUUUUUUCAGCUGUGGUGGGUGGGGGGAUAUACUUUUCCCGACAUGUCACUGACUGACAUUUAGUGUUUUCCUUCCCUUGUUCUGAAAUGUGCCUAUUUCCUGCACUGUGGGUAAAGAUUUUAAGGGUAUGAGGUUUGGAUGGUAUCACAUGACAGGCUGGAGGUUAGGCAUCACUGUUCUAGGCCAAAAAACAAAUGUAGUAGCUAUGUGAACUAGAAAUGUGAUAACUAUGUGAGCUAGAAAUGUGAUAGCUAUGUGAACUAUGUCAACGAAACUCAAAGUGUGAAAUAAAACUUGCAGUUGUAUUAGCUUUAAGAAUUAGAACCUAGUUACAAAUAUCACAAGCCAAAAAGUAAGUAAACUGGUGGCAAAAUUGCUGAACUAGCGCCUUAGUGUAUCUUCAUCAUUUUCUUUUAAUCUUAGUUUGCCAUUGAAUGUACAUGCCCCAGGCAGAUAGAUAUACCUAGUGAAAAUUACUAAAAACAACUAUUUAUAGAAAGUAGCCUUAUAUUGUAUAUGGAAUCAGCAGUGUCAUAAACAUUAAUCAUUUUGUAGUCAGGACUGUUUCAUAUUAUAGCUGCUCAGAUAUGUAUAUAUUAGAUGCGUGGUGGAGAGGCCCAAUACGCUUGAACUUGGCAACCUAUGAAGGGGGCUCCAGGUUUGACACCCGACUCGAGCAGAGUUGUGUUUACUGAGCGCCUGAAGGCAGCACAGAAAACCUUCUCCCAGAUACCCCCUCUCCCCACUGGUCCAAAAAUGAGAUUGGACCAAAGUGCUCUGAGCAUGCUAUAAGCAUGAAAGAAGCGUUAUAUAAAAGCUAUAAUUUAUUUAUUGUCAUAUAUGUUCCUAGCUAGAUUGUGAUUUGUUAACAACAGGCUAGCACUGGGCAUUUAAUCUACUUUGAACAACUGAACAAGAUUUAUUUUUAUUACAGGUACCGGUACAUCUAAUGGUAGACUAACAGUUGCAAAUUUCUGAUUUUUUUUUUUUUUUUUUUUUUUUAAAUAUACGUGAGAAUAUACAUAAAAAAUAUUUAUAAAGAUAAAUAUGUUCUAGAUGUUUCAAGUCAUAUUCAUUGUUACUUGAAAAUUGUCCUGGUCUUUAAUAAUUUUAUGCUUUUUGCUUUUGUAUUUUUCUAAAACAAUUUUGACCUGUCUCCUUUGGGUUUUAUUGGAAAUAAAUGAUUUUGUUUUGCA